GAAUUAGGUCAACUUGGACAGCAAUUCAAUUUUCUUAAGAAAUAUGAAAUUCCUGGUUGUGUAAAAUGUAGUUAUGUAGGCAAAUGAAAUUACUACAAAAUAUCAACUUGUCUUAAUGAAAUGAAUCAAAUGAGACUGGUUAAAGCAUUGGAAGUGGAAAAAACCUAUGCGUAACAUUUGUAAGAAAAAAACACACAUGUAUGGAAGGAAAUUUUAGUAAAACAGGGAGUCAUCACGGAACUAAUUCUCAUAGAGGAAAAGAAGCAGACAACCUUUGGCAAUGACUAGUCGGCACCUAGGAAGCCUAAGAUCUGACAACCUUCCGACUGGUGCACCGGAUGCAUAGUGUGAUCUGCAACAUCAUUAUGGUGAGUGUUUUGGAUAGAAGAGAAAAGAAUAAAUGUAAGGAAACACAUAUCUUUUAGUAUCUUACAGAUCUGACACUUUCAAGUUUCAACAUAUGGAACUAAAGAAUUGAUAGCUCUUUUCAACAUUUUUCUCUAUCCCCAGGCCCAAUUAUGUCAAAAUUUGUUUCUGCAUUUAGGGAGAUUGCAACAUAUAAGGAACUUCUUCGUUCUCAGGUGGAGCAUGUACUGAUUGAUCGCUUGACUGAGUUUUUGUCUGUUGAUCUGCAAGCUGUCAAGGAAUCUCGUUACAGAUUUGAUAAGGCUGAUUCUGCUUAUGACCAGGCACGGGAGAAGUUCGCCUCUUUAAAGAAGAGUACACAUGCUGAUGUAGUAACUGGACUCGAAGAAGACCUACACAACUCAAAGUCAGCUUUCGAAAGAAGCCGCUUUAAUUUAGAAUUCAGGCAAAUGCUCUCAUGAAUAUUGAAGCAAAAAAGAAGUAUGAGUUCCUGGAGUCUAUUAGUGCAAUUAUAGAUGCUCAUCUAAGAUACUUUAAGUUGGGAUAUGAAUUGUUGAGCCAAAUGGAACCAUUCAUUCAUCAGGUUUUGACAUAUGCCCAACAGUCAAAAGAACAGACGAAUAUCGAACAAGACAGGCUUGCCAGAAGGAUUCAGGAAUUUAGGACACAGGCAGAGCUAGAUCUUAUGCAGGCAUCUAGUAACAUUAGUACUCCAGCAAGUAAUUUUCGUGCUAAUGGGGUUGGUAUGAGUUCAAACAAAAAUAUAGAAGCAAUUAUGCAGUCCAGUGCAAAUGGUGAAGUCCAAACAAUCAAGCAGGGAUAUAUUUUGAAAAGAUCUACAAGUUCGAAGGCUGAUUGGAAGAGGAGAUUUUUUGUUCUCGACAGUCUUGGCAACUUAUACUAUUAUAGGCACAAGGGUCCCAAACCAGGGGUAAAGUAAUUUUGUCUCUUCGCUAUCUUGUUUGAUGACUAAAUAUGUACUUCUAGUUUCUCACGAAGUCUUAUACCACCUAAUCAAUUAUAACAUUCCUU